AUGAAGACUGGUCAAAGCUGUGUGAAGACGCCGCCGAUUCUGCGGGAGGUUAAGGAUCUGCUCCAGAAAUCGGCCCACAUAGACGAGGAUGCCCCGGAGAAGCAAGACGAAAGCAAAUAUGUGGAUGAAACCAAAAAACCGGCAAAAGACUCUCGCUUUGAUGAGAGAAACCAAAUGUCUGUCCUCAUUAACAGCAGCGGCGCUGGAGUUCUGUGCGCAACGGAACCAAAUCACCAGCUGACGAUUGAAAAAGAAAAUGAAACUACGAGCAGAGAUAAUGCCAGAGUUGGAAAAUGUACAGAAGAUGUCCAGAAGGGUCAGUGUGAUCCCUCCUCGCCAUCAGGUCCCCAUUGUCUUAAGUCAGAGGAUUGCCUGAAAUCAGGAGACGCCGACAAAAGCGAGCGUACAGUGACGCAACCUGAGGUCUCCACAGACAACAAAAACACACCAAUGAAUGAAGAUUUGCACUGUAGCGAUAAUCAUCUGAGCGGUAGAAGUGAGUCGGAUGAUUAUGAGGAGGAUGAUGAUGUUAGUUUGGUGCUUUCUGACGACAGCGAUCCGUGCGUAACGGAGGAUGAGUCCCAUUACAUUACCACGCACGAGAUCCAGCUCUCGGAGCUGUCUGACCAUGAGGGGGACCUCGUAGUGGGCUCCUCGGCCAGCUGGGACAUCGAGGAUGACAACCAGGUGUACUCUUUUGUCGAUUACGCGUCUUUUGACGGUGAUGUAGCGGUGGUGGGGGACAGGGGGGACGGCCAUCUGCCUCGCUCUGAGAGCGCAUCAGCAGCAGUCAGCACUCUGCUUGAAAGUGAUCUGUGCGACGCGGCCAAGUUCGCCAGCUCAGAUGAGAGUGUGUCAAAGCCCCAGCAGUGCAGUGGCAACAGUGCUGGACAGAUCCAGCUGUCAAUCAGAACCACUUCUCGAGCUAUAAAUGGCCCUAGCAACAUCCAAGAAAAGGAAAACAUUCUUUAUCAUGCCGGGCGCUCCGGAGACAUGAGUAGAUAUGUUUUUAGAGGAGUUGAUGGGAAGGCAGACACGUUGUGUGACAGGGCAAAGUGUUUCAUAGCCGCGCCCGGACGCUUACACUUUGGCGGCAAAUUGAGGGGAAAAGAGGUCACCGAAUAUUCCAGCGGUGCGUCCAGCGCUGUCAGCGAGCUGGACGACGCUGACAAGGAGGUGCGCAACCUGACAGCCAAAACCUUCAAGAGCCUGGCUUAUCCUUACUUUGAUGCAAUUAAUUUCAGCACCUCCAGUGAGUCAUCUGCAUCAGACCAUGGGAUAGGGAUAAAUAGGUGGUCCACGUUUGUCGACCUGAAAUAUGGCAACAUGAAUGUUUCACAAGGACUGGACCAAAGUGUUCUUUCCCACCAAAACUCAACGGCCUCAUUUGAAAUAGCCAAAAAUGUAGACAAUAGAGGUUAUAAGGGCACUGCACUGGCAAACACCAAACCGCCCACCAGCAAGAUCUUCACUCUGAAUGGGAAUCCCCACGGGGCAUCGUCUUCUACAAAGAAAAUAGAGCUGAUGGGGAAAUUUGGUCAGGGGCACAGUGGGGUGAUUAGACUCACAGAGACUCUGAAUUUUCGUUGCAAUGUCAAAUCAGGAAUGUCUGGGGGAGAAAGGCGCACUAACUUUGCACAAAACGCUGAAGGAUCACGUUCCACAGAUGAAGUUACCAACACUUUGCCAGGCGGCCAGAGGAGAGGGGCCAGCAAGCCACCCUCGAAAACCAUGGAAGACACACACAAGAAAGCCAUAUUCGCCUCGAGCGUUAUCAAAAAUGUGAUUUCUAAGAAGAUGCAGUUCGAGCAGGAGCGCAAGAUGGAAAGAGGGGAGAUAAGUGAGCCGCAUCAGGCGCCGUCCCCGUGCUUUGUGCACCAGGAGAGCGACAGUCACAGAGGGAAGGGGAGCAGAGAGCUGCACAGACAGAGCUCAAGGUUUUCCGAGAGCAGCUCUGACUACGCCAUAAUGUGCGUGGAUGAAUUAGGGGACUUUGUGGACAGCGGCUCAUGUGAUACCAAGAGCGACUCUCGGAGACAAGACGCGAUCGCUCUCGCCCCAGAAACUAAUUUGGAGCCGACGAAUGAAGCUGGAAUUGAUACUAAAAAAGGCGCAUUGGAAGCGUCCAAAAGCACGUUGUUUCGCAGCCAAAAUAGCGCAUUCAGAUGCUGGAAGGACGAGGAGCUAGAGUUUCAAAAGGAUCAUAAAAACGAUAAAACUCCGGAGGAGAAGCCACUUUCAGCUAACGACAGAGAGGGCGAGGGGAAUCAGUACUCAGACGACAGCAGCAAACUGACUAAAAUGUCACAUUUGUUUGUGCCAAAUAUCCAACUGCUGUCUAGUGACGGAGAAGUCGGACAGCAGCUGCCGGGCAGGAUUUAUUCUCCAUGUGGAGAUGGAGGAGGGAUUAAACUGCGCUCUGACAACACUUUAUACAUUGCAGACUCCAGGAAUGUCGCUACAUCUAAAUCUCCGGAAAUUAAAAUUAAUUUAAGGAGCGUGAGAGACAAUAAAAAGGAGCCUUUUGGAGUCUCCAAGCUGCGUGCUCCUAAUAUAGGCUGUAACGCAGUCAGCCUGAUCAAAACAGAUGACUUCAAAUGCCAGGCGCUGGCUGCAGCUUUGAAGGGUGAGUCCUCUGAUAAAGUGCCACAUUUCAUGGUUAGAGACAUUAGAGAUAAUAAAGGAAAGCUACAGACACCCAUACACCAAGUGAGAGACGUGCGUAAAUUGGUUAAAAGUUCAUAUCAUUUUGUUUCUUUGGAUAACAACGAAAAUAAAUCCAACUUCGCCUCUGCUGACACCCAUCCAGAGCAAAAGAAACAAAUGUCAUAUCGACAUCCUACAUCUGUUUCUCCUAUAGUGAUAAAAUGUCAGUCUGUUAAUACUAACAGUAACGGAAAACAGUCUGGAAAUCUUGACUUAUCUAAACAUGAGCCGUUUGACAUAGACAGAUCGUCUCCAGAGGGCGCCAAAACCGCUCCACUACAAAGGCAAGCAGGGAGAGCACCCAUAAAUAAUUCAAAUAAUUCCUCAGAGGGAGGCAGUGGGUUGAGAAUUGAAAGCAAAACAGCUUCAAAGAGACAGGAAAAAAUACCACAGAUAACAGAUAACAUCACAGAUAAGAAGCCUGAAUCAAAGAUGGCAAACCAGGCAGCUUUGGAAAAACUCCAGGCUGCUGUGAAAACCAUGGAGCAGCUCUAUGUGUUUGAAAGAAAUGAAUGGAAAAGGAAGAAUCAGCCCCAGCCACUGACAGACAGCCAUGUGCUCUCACUGAUUACCAGCGAGGAGCUUGGAGGCCCUGAGGAGGAAGGGCUGACAGGGUCCAACAUGGAAAAGACAGUCAGAAGAGAUUCAUAUCCCAACACAGAUAUGAUACCACCAGCAGUGGCGGCGUCCCCCAGCAUCGACAGCCUGCUGAGGCGAGAGGACAAAGACCUCAACAAGGCCUUUCAGGCAUCCAGUGGCCGUGAUGAUAGGCUCAUUGCUAAGUCGAUGCAAGCUGCUAGCACCACAGGGGGCAAGAACAUGUUCAGCCUCAGCUCCAGCCUAAAGGCCUCUGCAACUGUCAACGCAAAGACGCCCCAGCCAAAUGCCAUCACGCAAACACCUUUCACCACCAAAAGCUUUGUCCCAAAGUCUCCCAAAUUGCCAGUGUCCUUAAAAAUCAGCCAGCCAAAACUGAGUGGAAAUGAAGGAGCUGAAUCGAAGGAGGUGGAGAGAUCUGCACAGGAGCACUUGAGGGCCUCAGCUGACAACGAGAACUACCUAACCAUUCCGGUUAAGACUCAUGCCAGCAGCAGCAAACAGGCUUCAUCUGCUGAAAAAACAUCAGUAUACACAUUCACCACCCAGUCACACCCAACCACUCCCCCAGGACAAGUAGGUUCUAGCGCAAAGGGUCAGGAAGACCACAACCAGUCCCCUAAACGCUCCAGCAUUGUGAUGGAGACACGCUCACCAGAAAUCCCUCCUGCCACCAUCUACCACUCCCUGCCAUUGGGCAUGCCCACGAAUCAGCCACAGGUGUACUGCUUCUCCCCGGCAAUCACUCCAGCUCCCACUCUGGAACACUUCCAGGCCACCCAGAGGAAGAUGCUCCUUGAUCCCACCACCGGAAACUACUACCUAGUGGACACUCCUGUUCAGCCAGCCACCAAGCGCCUCUUUGACCCUGAAACAGGCCAGUAUGUGGAUGUGCCCAUGCCCCAGCCUCCUAUAACCCCUGUACCCAUGCCGCUUUCACCUUUGGCCCUCAGCCCUGGGGCGUACGGACACACCUACAUGAUGUACCCAGGCUUUAUGCCGACACCAUCAGUGAUCCCGGCCCGGACACUGGUGCAGUCACAGAUGUCGGUGCAGUCAGAGGUGGAGAGUGGAGAGAAGGUCCCGUCACAGCAGCCUGAGGGCAUGUACAUGGAGACUCCCUUCUACAUGGCCACAGGGAAGUCUCCACAGGCAGCAUCUGGGACUCAACAGCAGGCCACCACCAACAAGCUGCCGCAGGGCUUAACCAGCAUCAAGCAGCCGGUCAUCAGCAUCACCUCACAGCAAGGGCCCCGGAUCAUCGCCCCACCCUCGUUUGAUGGAACCACCAUGAGCUUUGUGGUGGAGCACAGAUAAACCGCAGCUAUCCUGGACAGGGUGGAGCGCUAAGUGGACUGCUGGACUGCUCUGGGUUUUGAUCUCUUCAUUGUGCAUCAUAUGCUUAUUUUAGUAGCUAAAGAUGAUGUUUCAGGGCCUUGUGUAAAAGUUCUCGCAUAAAAUUUACAUCAUUUUAACCUUUUCUAAUUUGUACAAGAUGUGUAUAAAGUAUAUUUUUCUUCCUUUGUUUUAUAUCAUCUCAUUGUAAAAGUUUGAAAGUCUCCCAUAAUAUAUAGGCCUAAACUGCACUGACACUGUGAGCUCAGUGAUCAAUCAUCCUCUAAACCAAUCAGGGUUUUAUUUUGGUAAAUCUUUAUUUUAUGUCCUUUUUCUUCUUUAUUAUUUUGGAAUUUAAUUUAUAAGAUCAGACAUUUGGGCUACAAUUAAUAUUAACAAGAUUAACAUAACGACAUCAUUGCAUUACAAUAUUCAUGAUAAUGUUUUUCUUACCAUAUUUUGUGUGUUGGUUUUUAUGCGGUGUCAUUGCUAUUGCUUAGAGGUCAGCAUUCACCACCAUGUUUUUAUAUACCUAGAAAUGUCAUUAUUUAAUCAACCAUCAUGAAUUCAUUAACACAAUACUAUUAAUUUAAUGUGUCUGUACAGUGGUAGACAUCCUAUAGGUCCCUCUUUGUGCACUUGUCCUGCUUAUAUAUUGGAAUAUUCCAUUUAUUUGGUGUAAUUAUAGUAUCACAACAGACUUUUUAUGUUUUUAUUUAAUUACCACACAAAGAACAAACUUUAUUAAUUAUUCCCUGAUCACACAAAAACAAAAUAGGCCAAUCCCUCUUCUUCUCACUGGAAAAAAAAAGAUAUCCAAGCAGCUCUAAAAAGGUUUACAGAGCAGUGCAGCAGCAGGACAAAGAGGGGCCUCUGGGAUUACUCAACUGUAUGAUCUUUAAACUGAUGUACCUUAGCACCCAUUUGCAUCCCGUCUGACAUGAAUUUCUUAGUGAUUAUAUUAACAGUGAUUUAUUUUUUUUGUAUAUAAUACUUCACAAACUGUGGAUCUGCUGGCCAGUCCAUGGCUCUUUCAUUUUGACUCAACUUUUGGAAUAAUCCUACUUUUCUGUCAUUAUGCUACAAAAAUACAAAAUCCAGUCAACCAACAUCAAGCAUUCCUUUAUAAUAACUGCAGUAACAAUUUUACAAUGGUUGCUGUGUUUGUUAUAAAAGAAAAAAACUGUAUGGGUAUCAUAUGACAGGAAAGAAUUGAUUUAUGUGAAUGGAUAAAUAAACUGUGCGUAGACUGAUAAACUGUGCACACAUAAACUGUAUGGGGUGGUGUAUUAAACAGUGUUAGUAAGUAAUGUAAUUUCUUACAGCAUGCUCGUUAAGUGAAAGCACAGAUUAAUAAUCCCUGUUGAGAAAAUGUGAUACUGUAAAACAUGUCUUGUCCUGUGAGCGGCACAUUUUAAACUGAUCAUCAGCCACUCAGAGCAGAGUGUAAAUUAGACACUGUACAGUCCUAUUGAUUAUUAAUACGUAAUUUAUACUGUAUAUCAUAAAGUGCAGGUGAGAGGAUGUCUUUUGAGAUAUUGUGCUAAAGAGGAAUAUUAUGGUUUACAUGCUGUAACUUGCUUGGUUUUUACAGCAUACAGUAUUGAUAACAUUUUUGGACACCAUUUAUUGGUAUGUGCUUUUAUUUAACUCGUAUGACAAUUAAAUACUGCCAUAACAUGACUGAAAAACUACUUUCUUAUUCUGAAUGCCAGAUGCAUAUUCUUGAGGUGGUAAUUUCCCCUAAACUACCCAUUCAGUUAAGCAUCCUGUUUGCAUGGUUUAUUAAUCCAUUCACUCAGCAUUGUGAACUGUGUGCAUGAAUAUUCAUGCACAUAGUUUCUUCUGUCAUUUUUUAAAAUAGAACUUUUCAUUGUUUGUGCACCUCAAAUAAUAUGAACAGUAAUUCCAUUGAUCUUCAUUGUAUAAAGGGGGAAGGCGGAAAUCUCAGAAACAGAUAUCUCAACACCUGGAAGAAUACAAACAAAACCAUCUGUAUGGCUAAAUUAUUAUUAUUAUUAUUAUUAUUAUUAUUUUUGUAAUUUGGGUGAGCUGACUCUUUUUGUAUACUCAGAAAUCCCAAAUGUAGAAUAAAAUUAUCAGAUUUUUGAGUAUGAUGUUAAUAGAUACUAUUGUCUCACUUCCUGUAUACCAACUGUCAGAAUAAAACGUAAAUUAGCACAGCGUACUGUAUAUGACAGGGGCAUGGUUGGUAAAACAGCUCAAUAUUUUCUGGCACUUUGACUUCAAUGUGAUAAAGUGAACUUCAUAAGUUCACAUAAUGGUUAAUGAAGUUACUCGUCCCACUAAUGCAGUUAGAUCUAUUAAAUGAUUAUUUAUUCAGACAGUGGUGAUGUCUACAAUUGCAAUGUUUUGUGGUUAUUGCAACACUUUGAAAAUAAUAUUGCAGCAGUAUUUGAAUGUGCAUGAAGAUUAGUUCUUUUGUUGUUGUUUUUUUACUUCUGUGCAAUAGAAAAUAAGUGUAAAUAUUGUUUUCAAAGGUCUAGAUGAGGGUGUUGUGAAGGUCAAUGGAAGUAUGGAGAGAGACUUUUGGAACGUAGGGACUCUUAUUGGUAAUGAAGUAGUGAAUGUGCAGCAAGGGGACGUGGCUUUAGGUGAAUAAAGAGAAAUGACGCAAUGAAAAAACUUACAGUGUUCUGUCCAAGAAAGAAAGGUGAAUUAUAGGUUUUUAAUUUUGAUGUGUUUUGCAAAUGGACACUGUCGGUUUAAAGUUGUGUCAGGGGUGCAAGGGAUGUUAUGUCACAUGAUGUUGUUAAAAGUGUUUGUGCAUUGUGAAAAUUCAAUAAAUAUGGAACCCUUUUACAGA